AUGCAGGCAGCUCUUGUCGCGUUCGUCUUCGCUGCUGUGGUGCCCUGUGUUCUCGGCCAAGUAGGGCAAGGUGGACCAGGCGCACCUCCUGGGCCAGGCGGACUUCCAGGACCUCACGGACCCCCUGGACCAGGCGGACCAGGACCUCACGGAGUUCCAGGACGUCCACGGCAUCAUGGACAUCGCGGUCUUCACAGGCCCCUAGAGCCGCCAUAUCUGGAAAAUGUCAGCGAAGAGGCUCGCAAAGAUUAUUUCAAAAUUAUGUUUAAUGAUAACCUCACGGUUGCUGAAGAAAAGGAGAAGCUUGAGGAAUGGGCAAAGGAAUAUAAAGUAGAGGACCAAGUGAAGAAAUUCGAAGAGCAUAUGGAAGAAGUGAAGAAGAAUGUUACAGAGCUGAUCGAUUCCUUGCCAACAGCUUUGAAAGAAUUUUCUGAAAUGCUAGAAGACCCUAAUCUGAAUCAUCGAGAGAUUGCUGAAAAACUGCGUGCUUUCAUCAAGACAAAUCCACAGGGCUUUCAGUUUUGGUUCGGAUGUCGCCAUCUUGGGAGCCAAUUUUAUGCCGAAGGCAUGAGUCACGUCAUGUCCACGAUUGCGUCCACAUUGCGUCCAUAA